AUGCGUGGAGAGUGGAAUGGGUUACAAGCUUUAUUUAUGAAGGAGUGUCCUUAUGCCUAUUACAUUCAUUGUUUGGCACAUCAACUACAACUAGCUCUUGUUGCUGCAUCUAGGGAAGUGCCACAGAUUCAUACUUUCUUUCAACAAUUGAUUUUUGUUGUUAAUGUGGUCACUAGCUCUUCAAAGCGACAUGACGAGUUACAAGCAACUCAAUUGGCUGAAAUUGAACAUCUAGUUGAGAUUGAGGGGCUUGAGACGGGAAAAGGUCUCAAUCAAAUCGGUACAUUACAACGACCAGGUGAUACUAGAUGGAGCUCGCAUUACAAGUCAAUAUCUAGUUUGUUAAGAAUGUAUUGUGCUACUCGCUUAGUUCUUGCUAACAUAGCUAGUGAAGGAACAACUUAUGCUCAGAGAGGAGAUGCUCUUAAUGGAGUUAAGUUGUUAAUGUCAUUUGAAUUCGUAUUUAACAUACAUGUUGUGAAGGAGAUUAUGGCCAUCACCGAUGGACUUUGUCAAGCACUACAAUUGAAGACCCAAGAUAUUGUAAAUGCAAUGCAUUUAGUUUGCACUACAAAGACAUUACUUCAAACUUUAAGGAAUGAUGGGUGGGAGAGUUUGCUACAUAAUGUUAAAGUUUUUUGUGAGAAAAAUGGUGUUACAGUUCCCGACAUGGACUCUCCUUAUGUUGAUGUGCUUAAAUCUAUAAGGCAACAAUCAAGACAAAAAGACAAUGUGACAAUGGAACAUCACUAUAGAGUUGAUAUAUUUAUGGCUGCUAUAGAUCGUCAAUUGCAAGAGCUAAACGCAAGAUUUAGUGAGCGAGCUACUGAACUUCUCAUUUUAAGUGCGGCCUUGAAUCCAAGAGAUGGUUACAAGUCAUUCAAUAUAGAGCAUAUUUGCAAGCUAGCUCGAGAUUUUUAUCCUAUUGAUUUCACAGAACAUGAGAAAGAUCAUUUGAGUUAUGAAUUGCAACAUUAUUGGCUUGAUAUUCCUAUUCAUCCAGUGUUGAAGAACUUAACUACUCUUGGUGAUUUAUGUCAAGGAUUAGUGACUACAGAAAAAAUAAAAGAUUAUCCUCUUGUUUCAAGGUUAAUUCGUCUCGUAUUAACUCUUCCAGCAUCUACUGCAACAACUGAGAGAGCUUUUUCAUCCAUGAAGAUAGUGAAAACAAACCUUCGAAGUAAGAUGGAGGACGAUUUUUUGAAGGACUACUUAAUAGUGUAUAUAGAAAAGGAGAUAGCGGAAACACUUAGUGAAGAUGCCAUCAUUGAUGCUUUUUAUAUGAUGAAAGAGAGACGAGCACAACUAAAAUGA